CUCUUAAUAGGAAAUUUUAAUUUAUUCUGAACGGUACGAGAGAAAAAGAAGCCAACACGCCACGCUCCUUCCCGUGGUCCUCCACCCAAGCCUUCCUUUUCACCACAGGCCUAACCCAGCGCACCCAACCUAACCCCCCCUUCUUUGUUUGGCACCCAACCCUAGAUUCAACCACCAUGGGUUCCCAAGAAGACGACCACAUCGCCACCGUCUACGGCGAAGAUCUAGACGAAGACGAUGAAAGCGAAGACGACGAUCUAACCCUACCCAAUCAGAACGUUGAUGAAGACGAUGUUGAUUUGGUUGAUGACGAGGAAGAGGAUGAUUCCGUGUCCUCCGGCGUCGGCGGAGUCACCAUCGCCGUAGCUGGUGUUCCCAACGCCAACACCACCGUCGCCGCUACACCAACGGCAGCAAUAACUGGUACGGUUAACGCCACUCCCAUCUCCCGAUCUGAUGGUGUUCUAGAACAGAGGAAGAUCGUGCCUUUAGACGAGUCUCGACGUUUGUUCCAGCGGCUAUGGACAGAUGAAGAUGAGAUUGAGCUGUUACAGGGAUUCCUUGAUUACACCAACCAGCGUCUUGUUAAUAACCCGUUCCACCACCAUCACCAUGAUACAACUGCUUUUUAUGAUCAGAUCAAGAAUAAAUUGCAGUUGGAUUUCAAUAAGAACCAAUUGGUUGAGAAGCUCCGGAGAUUGAAAAAGAAGUACCGGAAUGUUCUCAGUAAGAUCAGUUCCGGCAAAGAAUAUGUCUUCAAGAGCGCCCAUGAUCAGAUCACUUUCGAGCUAUCAUGUAAGAUAUGGAGCUCCGAAGCUGCUCUCGUAUCCACUCCUGCAACUGCAGAUGUUGCCAGAUUCGAAGACGAAGAACCCAAUAACCCUAACCCUUACCCAAAUCCUAACCUAAACCUUACUUUUAACUUGAACGAGCAAAACGGGAACGGCGUUGCGCAUCCACAUCCACAUCCACAUCCCAACAGUUCAGAGAAGAAAAUUCCCCGAUCAAGAAAGCGAUCAAGGUCUAGUGGAGUCAAAAUCGAGGAAAAAAUCAUUCAGCAACAACCCCCUGCUCCACCUGUGGUAGAAGGGGUUUCGAAUUAUUCAAAUCCAAUCCGUAACGUGGUUGAAGAAACUGUGAGGAAUUACUUACUACCAUUGUUCAAGGAGUUGCUCGAUGGUUCACAGAACAUGGGUCGUGGCAAUUUCAGGGGAUUAAGCUCAGGAGGGAUGAAUUUUGAUCCUUUUUCUCUUUUCGGAUCUAUGAAUUUCCCAUUUGGGGAUAUUACUGAUGAGAAAUGGAGGAAGCAACACAUAUUAGAAUUGGAAGUUUGUUCAAAGAGAUUGGAAUUGGUGCAGGAUCAAAUCAAGUCACAAUUGGAAGAACUGAGGUCAAUGAGGAGGUAAUAAGAAAUAAGAAAUAAGAAAUCUUAAUCUAUGUAUGUAAUCAGUGAGUAAAUUCUUGAAGUUCUACAAGUUCUUCAACCAUGGCUUUUAAGUUCAUAAGUUAUAUGAUCAUUUGAUCGAUAGUGCAUACUGUUGUAGGCAAUUUACUCUGUUUAGAUUUUUUCUUUUUUUCUUUUUUCUCUUGAAGCUUGCUGUUGAAUAAACUUGAUCAUGUGUUUAGCCGUUCAUGGCUAACUCAAUCAUGAACUUUGUGCA